AGCUACUUUUUUAAAUUUUUAAAAUAUAAAAGAUAACGCUGCGCCGAUCUCUGGCGCUGUAUAGCGUGUUGCGGUUUUCCGCAAGUCUAUCUUUGCAGUACAUUAUAUCACAUAUAUUUAGUAUAUCACAAUGGCAUAUCGCAUUGGACGUGCCUUAUCGCGACCGUUAAAGGCCUUUAAUGGCUGUGUAACUAACAAAUAUGACAUUAUUUCGAAGCGGACGUAUGUCCACUUCUCGCGCACUCAAACUCAUGAUUUUGAGCUACCAAUUGAUACUAUGCCAAAGGAUAUUGACGCCCUGAUGAAGAGUGAUCCUAAAACAAUGGAUUACUUUGGUAGCUACUGGUAUUGGAGAAUCAGGGGUGAAUCUAGUUUGAUGGAUCCCGAGUCACUGCCCAAAAAGUCAUACAAACAACUUGCCGUUGAUCUCGGUAUGCAAGUUGUCAACGAGCCAUCGGAGCAUAUGCUAGGGCUUUUAGAGCUUUACGAGUAUCUAAAGAGCUCGUCAUUCGUUGGUCCCUUCGGUACUAUUAAAAACCCAGUACUAGUACCGAGCAUUCUCACUGAGAGGAUUGUCGGAUGUACUGGAGGCGCUGGGGAGCAUGAACACCUUCCUCUGUGGUUCAGGUGCAGAGAAGGUUUCCUUUACCGCUGUGGUGAAUGCGACCAGAUAUUCAUGUUAGUAAGAGUGCUAUAUUCACUACCAGAUGGUGAAGACCCCUUCCCUGUGGAUCCUGAUAUUGACGAUGUAUUUAACAAGGAUAUUAUAGCAAAGGGCCACUUUAAGUGGAAUGCUGGAGAUUACAUAAGAUGGCCUGUAGGAAACGCUACAUACAAACAGCUGUUCCUCCAAGGUAAAUGGGGAAAUCCAGUGCCAGAGAUAUCUGCCUCCAUGUCGGACUCUUCUGACCCAGCACACCUUGACAAAUUCAGGCCACAAAAUUCGGUAGAAAAAUAACCUUAUUCAGUUACACAUCAAACUAAUGUCUCAAACCGUAUGUUAUGAAACUGCAUUACUGUACUUUUUG